AUGCCAAUGAUCUUGCGGAGGAGUCCCUUUUCAAAGCUGCUGAGCAGCAGGACGGCGCAUGCCGUCUUUAGAGGAGGCGUCCCCAAGUUCGUCUCUCUGCCCAGGCUGCACAAAAGUAGUACUACGAACGAAUCGGAAGAGGCACCUACUAACGAAGCAACCAAUCAACACUUUAGCCACCACAGGUAUGUGGACUUCUACCGCGAUGAAUCAAUGAGUGUUGGCAUUGUAAGCUUUAGAAACACCAUCAAUGGAAAAAAAAAUAUUUUCGGUGACUUCCUGGACGAGUUAAAGAAUGUGAUAGAGCACGUCAACAAUAUCAUUUCGAAUGAGGAGACGAACGCCUUUUGUAUAAAAGAAUUUCCACGGAAGGAUAACUACUUGGUGAAGAAUUUGCGUAACAGGAUUCCUUACUUGGACAACCGGUUGAAGGUGCUCAUACUUAACUGGGGGGGUGGCAAAACUGAGGGUGAGACUACCACUACUAGCGUGAGCACCCCGGAUUAUAAUUCUUUCCUGAAGAACGACGAGAAACUCAACGUAGAGCUUUCCAAUUCAUUCCGCUACCUGUGUAACACCAUACAGCAUUUGCCCCUCAUCACGAUUAGUAGCAUCAACGGCCAGUGCUACAACAGCGGAAUUGACCUCCUCCUCUCUACGGACUUCAAACUAUCCAGUGAAACAAGCACCUUCGGUUUUAACAAAACACAUUUAGGAUUAUUUCCCUACGGAGGGAGUACGCAGAAGUUGUUCCGGGCCAUUCCAAUGAGUUACGCAAAGCAUCUCCUCCUCACAGGAGACACGAUAAAUGCGAAGGACGCACUGAAGAUUAACCUAAUAGAUAUAUGUAUGGGUCAGAAUGAGGACCAUUUUAUUGACAACUCUUGUGUUAAAUUUGACACGAACUUCACAAAAAAAGAAAAGAUGGAAAUUUUAAAAAAAAGUGUUGUAACGUUCUUUGCAGAUAUUUUUUCAAACGAAUUGUUUGACCACAAAAUGAAGGAUAGCUGUUUUGUCUUUUCUCUUUUUUUUGCCUUCCAGUUUUUUUUCAUUCCUACCAAUUUACUGCAGGGCGUUAAAAUGAGUAUCAUGGAGGGCAUAUCGCUCAGCGAGCCAAACCUGUACUUGGAUCACGACAGGGCUGUUUUCGAGCGUAACAUUAACGCACCUCAGAGGGGGGAAAUUCUCGCCUACUUGAAGCGGACAGCCAGUACCCCAACCACAGUACCCACCUAA